GUAGCGAGUUUGAAUGUGGUCGCAGAUGGUGGGACAUGGAUGGUGAGAGGGCGGCACAGGAGGCGGCGGGGCUCGGAUUGAACCUGCGGCCAUCUACAGCUCCAUUACAAUGAAGAGGCUGCACCACUGAAAACUUACAAGAGACCGCGGGCAGCAUCAUCAACCUAUCCCGAACCCACCCACUCCCUGCUCCGGGGUCGGAGGAAGUGACAACUUUCUGCCUGGACACCAUCACCUCCACUAUCCUGUCUAUAGCUGAAGGAAAGGAGAGAUGGCUUCGGUGGCUUUUACUGGCUGGUAGCAGCAUUCUUCUGCAAGACUAUUCCCCUGCUCUUCUGCAGAGUUGACGAGAUACCUGCUCCAUUUACCCUUUUGUGCUGAAGAUUAUAGGAGGUCCCCUAUAUCUUUAAGAUUUUUACUGGAUUGAGAGUUUGCAAGAGUUUCUCAAGCUCCAAUGACCAACAGAUGAGGCCCCAUUAAAAGGGGUUCUCCACCAUAAGACUGGUCAUUGAUGGCCACCCACACCUAAGCUUGUGCCAAACACUCCACAAUGGCAUUUGACUCGUCUCCUUUUGUUCUGCCUGGCGUUUCACAGCACUUCAAUAUCCAGACUGUUGAUACUGGGCAAGAAGAUCCUUUUGAGGACUUAUGUAGCCUUGAAAAUGGACGGCAUUAUGACGUGGUUCCAACUGUGGUGUGUUCCUUGUGCUGCCUGUUUGGACUUGUAUAUAUAUUUUUUGGUUACAGGUGCUUCAAAGCCAUUAUGUUUCUGUCAGGCUUGCUGGCUGGUUCAGCAGUCAUUUUUUUACUUUGUCACAAAGAGCGUAUCCUGGAAACUCAACUGAGCCUGGAGCUAAGUGCGGGCAUUGCCUUGGGGAUUGGCCUGCUCUGUGGACUGGUCACCAUGCUUGUGCACAGUGUGGGCCUAUUUAUGACAGGCCUGAUUCUUGGACUUCUGGUGGCCACAGCUUGCCUUGUGGGCUUGGAGCAGUUCUACCAUCCACCCACAGCCUGGAUUCCUAUUGGAGUGAUGAUGGGCUCUGCUAUGCUAUUUGCUGUAUUGACUCUGCAGUGGCAAAAGAUUUUCACUGUUAUCUCCACUGCAACAUUUGGAGCUGCAAUAUUGACUGUGUGCACAGAUUAUUUCAUUGAAAUGAUGCUGCUGGUGCAGUAUGUCUAUGACCGUCUCCGCCUUGAAGUGUCUCAUCCCCUCUGCUGGUUCAGUUGGGUGGUCCUAGGCAUCUGGCCAGUGUUGAGCAUUCUGGGAAUUGUAGUCCAGUGGAAACUGACAGCCGAAGGCUUCUCGCAUACUGAUGUGAUCAUAAGCAGACGUCAAAAGCGCCUCCAGCUUCUCAGAAUCCGCCAGAAAGAGGCCAAAAAACGUCAGAGUGUGACUUCUCAAGAAGGAACUUAUCGGCGGAAGGCCAACCCUAUAAAAAGAUAUACUGGGGACAUCCUUGCACCGAGUUACUUGCAGAGCUUACGAGAGCGUCAGACUGGCACAGGCACAUCCAUGAGCAGCCUAAAUGCCAACAUGCAGACAAUUGUGGACCUGGACUAUGAAUGCGGCUCUACUGUGCCCCUUACUGCCACUACUCCUGUGAUUCGGGUCUGAUGUGUCCCCCAGCCUCCUCAUGCUGGCUAUGAAGCUGCAUUUGGUUCAAGUUGAUAGGCCAAAUUGUUGUGCCUUAUGUUCUGUCUUCUGGUACAUCUCAUACUCAUCUGCCCGGGCUACUAUUCCCAUCUCCCAUGAUUGUGUGGACCCAUGAACAGAAAAGUUGUUGGCAGUUUGGAUAGUUUUACCGGUUUGUUAGACACGUUCUGGAUGAAUGUCUCAUACUAGAUGUAAUUCUGCCCCAUGGAUGAGCAAUUGGGAGUGUCUUCAGGAUCUACCAGGGCAUUUAGUAGCUGUAAAGUAUUGGUGCAAACCGAAGAGAAGAAUACACUGCUGUAUAUAGAAACCUUCACAGAACAAAACAGUAGUCUUUAAAUGAUAGUGCUGAAUUUGUGUCUCUCUUCAUUUUUUUUUUUAUAGGGAAAAAUAAAAUUAGGUCUGCCCUAUUUAUUGUUUAAAGGUGUACUCCGCUGCUCAGCAUUUGGAACAAACUUUUCCGAACGCUGGAGCCGGGAGCUCGUGAUGUCAUAGCCCCACCCCCUCAUGACAUCACGCCCCGCCCCCUCAAUGCAAGUCUGUUCCAGCGUUCGGAACAGUUUGUUCCAAUUGCCGAGCAGCGGAGUACCCCUUUAAGGUACAUGCUGUUUUUUGAUCCAGUAGAUGGCCAUCUAUCCCACAAAAGAUUAGAGACAUUGAUAAACUCUAGUGUGAAUGAAAACUGGAGCAGUUGGCUAUGGUCACCAAUCACAUUGCUAGCGCCAUCUUCUUAUGGGGAUGGCUCACUGCUUCAGUUUUUCAUUGCAAUUCUUAGGUGUGUAGAAAUAAUAGGAAAUCUUAACUGUUUGCUGCACAUGUCAAUAUAGUCUAUUGUACUUGUCAGUGACUAUGUGAGGCAGGGAUCUGUUGUCUACUUUACAAGUCAUCACAGUGGCCCAGACAAUGGCCUUCCCCUAUGACCACUACUUUAACUUGCAAAUUUCCAGUCCCGAAAACCUUUUCUGAUUUUUGUUUUGUAUAUAUGCUUUCUACUUAAAGCUUGGUGUUCCUUUUGAAUAACGUCUAUUGUAUCAUACAUUUAAGGGGUCAGGUUGACUCCUAUGAUAACAGCUGUAAUAUAGGGUAGUUCAUAUACAUUUAUGUGAAAUUGAAAUAAACAUAUUUUUAGAGUGCAAAGAAAUGAAACCACUACAAUGUAUUACACUGUUUUAUAGCACUUUAAUAUAUGAAGGGCUCUGUACAAAUGUAUGUAUGUAACAUAUUGAACUUACUAUAUCCGCAAUGCCUUUAACUGUAUGUAUGCGUUCUAAACAAGUUGACCACUAUAUUAUUGCUGUCCUAGUAAAUUUAAGUAUAGUGCUUUGAGAAUAAAAAAGGACAAAAACAAUUCUACAUGCAGAAAUCUCUGAAGUCGUUGUUUGUAUAGGGCUGCAUUUAUAAAGGUGAGUUCUUUUAAUCCUGCGUACUACUAUCCAAACAAUGAAAUGAUAAAAGAAACCAUUGCCUCCUACAUCUGUAUGUACCCACACCCGUUGUAGCUCAGAAUGCCAGCUGCUCUUAAAACACGGUUAUGUGCCAAUCUCUACUACAGCCAUUAUGAAAAUUGACUACAAAACACCCUGGAUAGCCACAUGAUGUUCCCUUUUAGGCUACUGUAGUGUCAGUGCUGGUGGCAAAAGUGCAUGACUCUGCAGAGAUUACCUACAAUAACAUAUGGAUAUCUUGUUAUGCAAAAUAGAUAAUUUUUUUUUUUUUGGUCUGCAGUUGUGCACAUUUUGCCUGCCUAUAUCCGUACAUUCUCCUCUUUGUGGACAGUUUCCAAUUUAAGGGUGUAACCAGUGUUCUUUGUGUAUUCUGGAUUUAACAAUUUAAGGGUACAUUCAGACGAGCGGAUUUUCCGUGCAUAUUUCGCUGCGGAUCUGCCG